UCAUACGUCAUCUCAUAAUAUGUCUGACGCAGGGGGGCACCAUGAGAUCCUCAGAGACACGCCAAACUGCAGGGUGAACAAGCCACUUGGAAAUCGGAGGUAGGUAAUCAAAUAUCCAGAAAGAAAAAGCCUCUCUGAAUCCAGCGAACGACUGCUGAGAUACUAGAUCGGGCAGAACUGGAAGGCUACACUGAUAAAAACAAGCCUGUCUACCAAGUUCUUACUCGACGGUCGGUGAACGCUGUGACUGCAAACUAUCUAGUUACCGCCAAAUACGUAAAAGAUAAACAAGAAGCGUCUAUUAUGCCGAUAUGGUGGCCUAAAAAGCAUUGAACACCGAUGCAUUUGAUAAGCUCGAGAUCUUUCUACAUCAUGGGUGGGACUAUCCACGCCCUCACCCAGAAGGACCUAUGUCGAAUUUCGAGCUAUGUCGCCUUUGAUUACUGAAAAGGCGUCCAUGCGAACAGUCUUACAGAUGAAUGACCCACAAUGAGAUCUGGAUAUUCUGCGGGCUUGCGCAUGGAGCUGACCCAAAUAUGAGGAGGAUGCAACGAGCUAGGCUGGAUGUUAUGCCUCAGCGUUCCCGUUUAAUCUGCUUGCCGCUCGAGGCCAAUUUUCCUUGUAGCAACGCCCGACAAGCUGCUGAAAGCCGAACUUAAAGCCCUGCAAUAGCUAUUGAGUGCUCAACAAGGAGGGCUUACGCAUUGACCAGCCCGAGUUUGAGUAGGACCCAGUUGAAUCUUGGAAUUGUAAGGCAACAAAUCAGAACCAGCGUUGCACUAUGCGGCGUUUGCCAUGUGCCCUGAGGGUAUCCAUCUUCCUCUGGAGCGAGGUAUUGAUAUUAACCUGCAAAACACAUAUGGCUGUACUACACGGAAAUGGGCUGCAGGGCAGCGGAGCCAAGAAUCCCUAGCAAUCCUUAAUAGUCAGGAAAAUCAAGUGGAUUUAUUUUAGUCAAGCUAGUCUUUUACCGAAUAGCCG